UUUCUUAUCUUUCUCUCUCUCCCUAUUAUAUAUACAUAAAUAUUUAAGAAGAUUCUAAACAUACACAAAAUAUGCUAGAAUGGGUACAUGUUGCGGCGGCGGUGGUGGCCUCAGCCGGCGUUCUAGUAAUAAUCCUCUGGAUAUUCCGGCGAAUUACCGAUCACCAUAAAGAUUCAACCGAUAAUCAAAAAAACAAAUCAGGAAUUACAUCACAAACCGGGACUCCAAAUCUUAAUUAUCAAAAGAGCCCAUAUCGUCAUCCGUUCAUGAAUUACUACAUCUUCCCUAGAAAAGAACCCGUUUUCAGUUGGGCCGAUAACCCAUCUCUAAUCACAGAAGCUGUCGAAAACGGAUGGUCAAGAUUCGCCUUUUCAAGUCCCGUUUGGUCUUCUCCGGUGAUCCGGGCAGCAGCCCUUUUAGGUCCAUGCAUGGCGGCAGGGAAUCUUGAUGUAAACAGAGUUGAAUUGGAAAUGGAAUCAAGUUGGGAAAUUUGUCAAGGAUCGGCUGAUUUUUUGCAGAAAUUGAGGAUUAAUCCGGGUUUAAAGAAACAGAAUACGGGUCAUUGUUCAAUAGCUAAGGCGGCUUUACCAUUGCCUGGUCCAUUAUUGGGAAAUCAUUCAUCGUUUCCACAGGAAGCUUAUUUUGAGAUAACAAUCAUGUUGUCUGAAGAAGAUCAUGAAAACUUUGUUAAUGAUGAAGAAGUGGAGGAAAUGAAAGAGAGUUGCAGCAGCCCAAAUGGUAAAACAGAAUGUAACAAUGGGAGAAAGAAAAUGGAAGAGAUGAAGCUUUAUGGGAAGGAUGGAGGAGAAAUGGAGAAGAUUUUGUUGUCAAUUGGAUUAACAACAGGAGGGUCUUCUUCUUCAUCAUCUGUAGUUCCAUGGAAGGUUCCAGGUGUUUAUAAUUCAGGAUCAAUUGGGUUUGUUUCAGAUGGUUCUGUUUGGCUCCGAGGAGAGAAAACUUUUCCCGGAUCAGAAAACACAUCAUGGGCUAAAACCGAAAAGGUAAUCGGAUGUGGUUACAACCCCAUCCAAAAAAAAGUCUUCUUCACCAUCGAUUCGGAAUCUGUCCACAUUAUCGAGUGCAAAACCGACGAGUUUGGCGCUCCACUCUACCCAACAAUAUGGGCAAAUGGGGGAGAGGUGACGGUUUUGAUCAACUUUGGACAAAGCCCAUUUAGAUACGCACCAGCCAACAUUCAUCGAACACCAAAUCCAUGUUUCAUCGGACCAAAUGUGAAGAAAUCGUCUUCGGUUGGUUAUGAAGACAGCAAGGAACUAUUCUCGAUGGGGAGAAUCGAUCCGCAAUGGCUAAACCGGUCUGGAGUUAAGAGUGGUCCGAAAAGAUUGGGCGAGUUUGAUGAAGAGUCCGAAGGAGAUUUGUUUGAGAUUAGGUUGGAGAAGUGUAGUGGAAGAUCUCCAAUUAUUAAUGUUGCAAUUAACUAACUAAAUGAGAGUUAAUUAAGAAGUUGCUAUGUACAAACAUCAAAUUUAUUCAUGGUUCAUAAAUCAUAUCAUAUA